AGAGUCGGGGAGGCUUUCAUUCUGAAAUGGAAGUCGGCUCACAAGUGUCAGUGGUGAGAAGCAGGAAUGUUGUACUGGAUUCAUGGAUUGGCCCAGCUGAUAUCGUCAUAGAAGGGGACAAGAUUGUGGGUAUUUACUCUGAUGAAAUCACAGCUCCUCAACAUCAGAGUCAACAGAUCCUAGAUGCUGGAGAUCUGGUGGUGAUGCCCGGUGUGGUAGAUAGUCAUGUCCAUGUCAACGAACCUGGACGUACAGAUUGGGAAGGUUAUUGGACAGCAACGAGGGCAGCGGCAGCCGGAGGAAUAACAACUCUUAUUGACAUGCCACUAAACAGCAUUCCUCCAACAACUACACUAGAACAUUUCCAGACUAAACUCCACGCUGCCAGAGACAAGUGUUUUGUUGAUACUGGAUUCUGGGGAGGUGUUGUGCCAGGCAAUCAGUUUGCACUGCGCCCUAUGAUUGAAGCUGGCAUCCCAGGAUUCAAGUGCUUCCUCAUUCACAGUGGAGUGGAUGAAUUUCUUCACGUUAACGAAGAGGAUCUGAGAACAUCACUUGCUCAAAUGCAGGGUACCGACCGAGUAUUACUGUUCCAUGCAGAAAAAGAAAUGAAGAAUGUGAAGCCUCCAGAAAACAACCCUUGUGAAUACGUAACCUUCUUGGCCACCCGGCCUGAUGACAUGGAAGUGGAAGCAAUUCGAACAGUCAUAAAACUUUGUCUCCAGUACAGGGUCCGUUGUCACAUUGUCCAUCUUUCUACUGCGAAAGUGCUACCCCUCAUAGAUGAAGCUCGCAAAGCAGGAGCUUUGCUGACUGUUGAAACCACACCGCAUUAUCUCCUGCUGGCUGCUGAAGACAUACCAAAUGGAGCCACACACUUCAAGUGCUGCCCUCCGAUUCGGACAAAAAACAAUCAAGUACAACUGUGGUCUGCACUGAAAGCUGGAAAGAUCGAUAUGGUGGUCUCUGAUCAUUCUCCAUGCACCACUGAUCUCAAACUACUCAGAUCUGGAGACUUCCUCAAAGCCUGGGGAGGGAUUUCUUCUCUGCAGUUUGGCCUUCCCCUGUUCUGGACUUCGGCACGGCAGCGCGGGUUCACUAUACAGGACACAGUGAACCUAAUGUGUAAAAAUACAGCCAGGUUAUGUGGCAUGGAGAACAGGAAGGGCUCUCUUGCCACUGGUAAGGAUGCUGACAUGGUAAUAUGGGAUCCUGACAGGGAGUUUGAGGUGACAGAAACCUUAAUUCAUCAUAAAAAUAAACUGACUCCCUAUCUUGGACGCCGACUGAAAGGAGAGGUUUUUGCUACCAUUGUCCGUGGAAAGAUAGUAUACCUGCAAGGAAAAUUUUCCAACAAACCCCUUGGAAAAUGCAUCUUGUCCAAUGAUAUUCAAUGAACUAGAUUAAGAUUCGUUUUACAACCAUACCCAAUUAAUGAGGAUCAACCUAUGCCAUUUCUCCGUCCAUUUUUUCCAAGCAAACACGUUGGAGGAAGAUCCUGAAGAAACGUCUCGGCCCAAAACGUCAACUAUUUGUUUAUUUCCAUAGAUGCUGCCUGAACUGCUGAGUUGUUGUGUGUUUUGAUUUUACCUUAAAAUAUUUGUUGUGGUUUGUAAUGAACAACAGUUUAAGAUGUUUUCAGGAUCUCCAAAAGAGAUAAUCACGUCUACAACAAAUGCAUGUGUAUAGGAACAUUUCAAAAAUGUGACAUGUGAAAUCCUACUGGCCCUACUGCCUGUCUCACAACUAUCGUGCCUUAUGCACCGUAAUAUGUACACGAUCAAUCCACAUAAUCUGACAAAAGAUAAAAAUGAUGGGAAAAAGUGAUUCUGACGGUGAAUAUGUGAGACAAGGGGAGUCAAAAUCUUAAUUCUCUUUAUAUACUUGAACUUACAGCUGAGCAUCAUUCUAGUUCUGAUUAAUGUACAGAAUAAAGUUCCU